AUGCUCCACAUGCCGAUGACCAAUAUGAUCAUGGACUACGUGAAAAGACGAGAGCGAAUAAAAGACGAAAAGAAGGAAGCGAAGCAGAAACUGAAAGAAAUGGAAGAGCAAGAAAAGCAGAAGGAGAAAGAGGAGAAAGAAAAGAAGGAAAAGGGAAAAACGUAG